AUGGAUGAGUUGUUCGAGGGUUACUCACCCGAAGUGCUGCCUCGCUGUAACCCUCGGGACGCCGUCCAGGUUCAACUCGGACUCGCCGUCCGGCAGAUUGUGGAACUGAAUGAGCCUAUGCAGAUACUAGAGACGAACACGUGGGUCAGAAUGGUUUGGAACGACUGUCAGUUGACAUGGAACGCAACAGAGACGGGGAUCAAGAACAUCGCCGUGCCUUACCAUAGAGUUUGGGUACCGGACAUCACGCUCUAUGAUAAUGCCAAGAAUGUGCUAGGCGGCCUGCAGCAAUACCGACCUAACAUAUACCCAAACGGAGACGUCUACUACAACUUUCCGUCCGUCAUCCGUAGUCUCUGUAAGGUGGACGUCACCUACUUCCCAUUUGACACGCAAGUCUGUAAACUGCAGUUUGGUUCAUGGUCAUACCAUGGCUGGGACCUCAACUUGACAAGAAAGAACCCGGCGGCCGACACCUCUUCGUUUGUAGCUAACGGCGAAUGGGAUAUCAUAGGUGUACCAACUGAGCGGAAGGAGAUCAUAUACCAGUGUUGCCCGGAGCCGUACCCCGACGUUAGGUUCUAUGUGCAGAUGCGCCGGAAGCCGCUAUUUUAUGUGCUGAACCUGAUAUUUCCGUGCACGCUCAUCUCCACGAUGGCGUUCCUCGGCUUCCUGUUGCCGCCGGACGCUGGAGAGAAGGUCUCCCUUGAGAUCACUGUGCUCCUCUCCCUGGCUGUCUUUCUACUCGUGGUGUCGGAGACCAUGCCGGCGGACUCGGAGACCUUCCCUUACAUAGGCGUGUAUUUCGCGUGCGCAAUGGGUCUGGUGUCUCUGUCGUGCCUGAUGACGGUCACGGUACUAAAUCUGCACUUCAAGGGGCAGUUCGGGAAGCGGUUGCCGCCCUGGGUGCGACUCGUCUUCCUCGAUUGUUUCGGCAGGAUCCUUCUUGUUAAAAAAACUGACAAACUUACGAAGUGCGAUGAUAUGAAGAAGUUAGCAAAGGCGUAUGAUAACCCAGGUUUUCCCGGACGGUCGACCAUAGACGAAGAUUCCAACCACAACGGCCCCAUAGACGCCGGGUACCGCACCGCCAUGACGUCAGUCCUCUCCGACCACAGUGGCGACAAAAUGGCCGACCUCAAGGACGUCAAAUUAGAUUUCGACACAUCAACGGAGGUGAUGUCUCUACUUAAGAAGCAACUAGACUGUUUGGAUAAGAUCCAAGAUCACAUGGAGGAGAGGCGGCGAGAGUCGCUGGGCAUGGACGAGUGGCGGAAGUUGGCGCAAGUCUUGGACCGCAUAUUCAUGGUGCUCUUCUUUCUCUUCCAGUUCGGGACUUCCGCUUUGAUUCUCGUCAGGAUAACUUCCGCUGACCCUGAUGUUAUGCAUCUGCACAUGGAAUAGUUUUCAUUUUCCAUCAACUUUCUGAUUAAUUUCCCAUUUGCAUAGAGCCUGCAGCCUGUUAUAAUAAAUUGUUCCUCAGAGUCAUCGCGAUAAGUGCACAAUUAUUCAAUUUAAUCAUAAAAUCAAAGGUCCUGUCAUCAGAGAAUUCUCAAAUAAAAAAAGAAACAGAAAAAUGAGCUAGUUAAAUAUUUACUCUACAAAUUGUACUUAAUUUAAAGCAAUUUGUACUUUACCACCAAAGCGUUCCUGUUUAUUCAGAAAUAUGAGCAUUGAUGAGCGUUCGUUAUACACGGUCAAUUAACAGCUUCUGUAUU